GGGAACUUAGCACAGUUAAGUGCUUGUGGCGGUCGUGUACCAGGGAGCGCGCUCACUUACUACUACUACUACUACUGCGAUGGUUUAUAUUGCCUAGGAACUUUACGGACUAAAGAAUUCAAAUUCCUGGACAAUCGAGCCUUCUUGAAUAGACAAAUUUCAGAUUCGUGCUCUUUGGCUCUUUUUUUUAUAUGCAAAGAUAUUUGUUUAAACAACUGAACAGUUGUAAAACGCUGCUUUUAGAUUUCCGUUCCAGUUUAAAGAGUAUCCAAUGCUUUUACAUCCGUUUAUGAACAGCACACUCGAAGCUAUGCACCCAACGGGAAUCCAGAAAGACACUACUUUCACGAAGAUCUUUGUCGGGGGUUUACCCUACCACACGAACGAUGCGUCUUUGAGAAAAUUCUUCGAGGCGUACGGAGAGAUAGACGAGGCUGUGGUCAUAACGGACAGACAGACCGGGAAGUCAAGAGGCUACGGCUUCGUGACAAUGACGGACAGGUUAGCAGCAGAACGAGCCUGUAAAGACCCAAAUCCCAUCAUUGAUGGUCGUAAAGCCAAUGUCAAUCUGGCCUACCUCGGUGCCAAGCCACGCAGUCUUCAGACAGGUCUAUCGAUUGGUGUGCAGCCAAUUCAUCCAGCACUUUUACAAAGGCAGUAUGGGCUGACGCCGCAGUAUGUAUACCCACAAGCCUUUGUACAACCCAGCCUCGUGCUGCCUUCUCAAGUGGCCUCAUCGCUCACUCCAACGUAUGGGGACUACACUGCCGCUUAUUCUUAUGCCUCAGCAGCAUUUGAGCAUUACCCGUAUGCCUCAUCCCCAGGUUUCGUGGGAUAUGGAUAUACCAACAGUCACAUCGCUGGCCCAGCCUCCAGCACCAAUUCACUGCACCAGGCCCUGACCAAUGCCCCCACUGCUGCCACCCCUGCCUUCAUCCAGUACCCACCACAGCAGCACCUGCAACCUGAGCGCAUGCAGUGAGGGCCUGAUGAAGUGAGGUCUGGAGGGGAAAAAAACAUGAGGAUAAAAACUAUUGCACUGUCACAUCAGGAUUUGCUUCCGGCAGCUGAGUCAGGAGACAGUGAAACUGUGCAGUGGCUUUGAAAGAGCUUCCAGAAGCACUGAUGCUUUUUUAAAAUACUUCUUUGACAUUAUUACUGUCAUUACUAUUAUUCAUGCUAUUCAUAUCUUAUGCUUAAUUGUAUUAAUGUUUCUUUUUCAUGCUCACAUAUUAUUGUUUAGAUCAAUCAAAGUAAGGUGCCUCAUUGUAUAGAGAGGAAAACAAUGUUAAGGAAGACUUUACAGUCAGACACUGAACAUGAAGAGGAGUUCAGGUUUAAUGGGGGUAUUGCUGCUUACGGACACUGGGGAAAGCAUUUGAGAGAAUGGAAAGUCAAAAUGUAUGGUUCUAAACAGACCAGAACACGAAAUCAUAAAGGUGGGGAAAUGGAGAUUCAACAGAACACCUGUACAUGAGAAACCCAGGACACCAAGGAGAACUUCAAGCUACUGCUACUGCUUAAAAACACCCCCAGGACUACCUUUUUUUAUAUUGAAGAGGCCUUAAAACUAGAAUCUUUCUUUAGAUGUAAAUGACCAUUUUAGCAUUUGUAUAUAGGGUGAACUGUGAAUAAGCCAUCACCUGCUUCCAAACAAAAUAAACCCCAGUCUACAGA